AUGUCAGAGACCACAUACCAGCUCAACGACAAUGAAGUUGUUGUCUUUCUAGACAUUCAACUCGGACCCAAGAAGCUUGGCAGAGUGAAGAUUAGACUAUACAAUGAUGAUGUUCCGAAAACAAGUGAGAACUUCAGACAAUUUUGCACAGGAGAAUACGUGGACGGCAAUGGAAGACCAAUUGGGUAUAAGGGGUCGAAAUUUCACCGUGUGAUACAAGGGUUUAUGAUACAGGGUGGGGAUUUUCUAAAAGGAAACGGGACAGGAUCUACCUGUAUAUACGGUACGGAAUCGUUUGAUGAUGAGAAUUUCAUUCACCAAAACAAAAUGUGGACAGUCGCGAUGGCCAAUUCAGGCCCAAACACAAAUGGAUGUCAGUUCUUUAUCAACGUGUCUGACAACGACUUUCUUGAUGGAAAGCACGUGGUAUUUGGUGAAGUGGUGGAGGGCAAGGAUGUGGUCAGGCAGAUAGCUGGAAUCAGUACGGAUAAGGAGGAUAGACCUCAUCCAUUGGAUGUUAUAGUUGCAAAUUGUGGGCAGAUGUAG